GGUGCGCGGUAACCGGGGCGGAGCGGAGCGAGCCCGGCCCCCACCACCGCCCCCGCGGCGCUGCCAUUGGCGGUGGGGCCGGACCGGGGCCGGGGGAGGCGGCGGCGGCAGUAGCGGCGGCCGGUGCAGCCUGCACCCCCCCGGCCCUGGCAUGUCACGGAAGAAAGCGGCUCGUAGCAAGGGCGGCGGUGCCGCUCCCUCCGCCGCGCUGCCCUCCGCCGCUCAGGGCAGCGGCAGAGCACCCGCGACCAGUGCCGCCUCGCCGCGGGGCUCCGCGCCCGAGCUGCCCCGCAACGGCGGAGCGGCGGCCGGGCGGCCCUCGCUGAGCAGCAGCGGAGAGUUCUACGAUCUCGCUUUCAAGGUAAUGCUAGUGGGUGACUCAGGGGUGGGCAAAACCUGCCUGCUGGUGAGGUUCAAAGACGGCGCCUUCCUCGCUGGCAGCUUCAUCUCCACCGUUGGGAUUGACUUCAGGAAUAAGGUGCUGACGGUGGAUGGGGUGAAGGUAAAGCUGCAGAUCUGGGACACAGCCGGGCAGGAGCGUUUCCGCAGCGUCACCCACGCCUACUACCGGGAUGCCCACGCCCUGCUCCUGCUCUAUGAUGUCACCAACAAAGCCUCGUUUGACAACAUCCAGGCUUGGCUGACAGAGAUCCAUGAAUAUGCACAGCAAGAUGUGGUCCUCAUGUUACUGGGCAACAAGGUGGAUUCAGCCCAGGACAGAGUGGUGAAGAGGGAAGAUGGAGAAAAGCUAGCCAAGGAGUAUGGAGUGCCCUUCAUGGAGACCAGCGCAAAAAGUGGCCUCAAUGUUGAGUUGGCCUUCACAGCCAUUGCAAAGGAACUGAAGCACAGGUCCAUGAAGCUGCCCAAUGAGCCCAAAUUCAAGCUCCAUGACUAUGUGAAGAAGGAAGUGAGAGGCUCAGGCUGCUGCAGGUCCUAACGCGCUGGGCACAGCUGUACAGAGACUCAGGCCCCGUGCCCCUGCGCUGUGCUCUCUCUUUCUCUCUCUCCUCGUGGACAGUGUGUGCAUGUCUGUCUGUCUGUCGUGUCUGUGUCUGCUAAGAGGUGAGCUGGGGUCGUGGGGAAAGGAAAAGCAGCAGCAGAAGCUCUCCUGGGUGGGGUGGAGGUGCUGCAGCCCCACGCUGGUGCUGCUCCCCUCGCACCCCAGCACUGUGUGUGCCCAUGGGCUGCCAUCGCUGGGCACAGGCACUUGUCCCAGUGCUGGUGGGAGGUGGGGAGUUCUGGAGGGGGCUGAGGUCUCACUGUUGUGCCCCUCUGGGCUGGGGCAGUUGGUAGAGCUGGUUGUCUCCACCCAUUCAGCAGCAGCCAAGAGCAUUAUGAAGCUUCUUGAAUAUGAAGAGUUCCAGUGUGAGUAAGGGGAACAAACUCCUUCUCCCCACCAAAUGCUGGGUAGGAAGAAGUCUUCAAAUUCCCUUUUCUUUCCCCAAAUGCCUGGAAUUCAACUGUUCAGAGCCCUGGCCCACAAAGAAAAGGCUUGAGUUUGAGGCAACCAGUUUUGUAGUGGCUUACUCCUGCCCAUCCAUCUUCAUGGGGUGUAACACACCCCUCAGUGAGGGCUUCUCCUCUUCCCAAAAGAAGACAAGAGCUUGGCUGGCUGUUGGAGUAGGCUCCUGCUAACCUGUCUGGUGUACAGAGAUCUUCUGACUCUUUCUGUGGUCAGAAAGGCUUUGAUUCUCCUCCUUCUGCUCUUUCCAGUACUUUUGAGUUGGAGUCUCAUGUGUUGCAGCUUAUUCUGAAUGCCUUCCUGUAAGCCUGAUAGCAUCGUUGGAUUGAUCCAGCACUUUGAUACCUUCAAAGUUCUCUUGCUUUGAACUGGAGAAGGCUGGGGGGAUGCCCUAGGCAUUGAUUUUUCCAGGUUUCAAAGUCCUGCCAGCUCUCUUCAGCAGUCUCCUCACCCCUUGGGUCUGUGUCAGGCAUUUAGCUCUUCCCCCCCCCCUUUUUUUUUGUUUGGAAGCUGCACUUUUAAGUACAAGUUUAAAUUUGGCUCAAGUUUGGCCUCUGGCAAUUUCUUUCUUUGAAAAUCUGACCCCAGGUGCCCACCACAUGCACUGAACCUCUCCACACUGCCCCAAAAUGAGCUCCUCCGCAUUAAAUAUCCAUCCCUCAAGGUACUGAACCUCCCCAUGCUGCCCCAAAUGAGCUCCUCCACAUAAAAUAGCCAUUCCUCAAGGUACUGAACCUCUCCAUGCUGCCCCUAAUGAGCUCCUCCACAUAAAAUAUCCAUCCCUCAAGGUACUGAACCUCUCCAUGCUGCCCCAAAUGAGCUCCUCAACAUAAAAUAUCCAUCCCUCAAGGUACUGAACCUCCCCAUGCUGCCCCAAAUUAGCCAUUCAACAUCAAAUACACAUCCCUUACCCCUCAGCCAAGCACCAGCUCCCUCAGCAGUCAGUUCAGGUUCCCCUGCCCAUCGUUUUCCUUGAGGUGUUGGCUCCAGAGCUGCCUUCCUGUGGUGCACAAAGCUCCUCGGUGUGAUUUGGGCAAGGACUCCUUAGAGGUCCAACAAAAUGAGCAGCUGCUGCUUGAAGUGGAUCCUGCAGAGUAACAAGGAUCCUAAACGACACUUACUGUGAGCAGGGCAGGUUCCUAAAUAGCUUUUAAGGCAGAAAGAAGUAUUUUUUUGACUGUCCAAUUUAAAUUAUUUAUUGCUUCCUGCAAGAGAAUUUGCAGUGCCCAGCAGGGUAGGAGCAAUAACUGGAGCAAUUCUCUUCACCUCUACCUGCUCUCAGAGGUGGCGGUGCCCUGCUGCAGGAGCUCUCUGCAGCAAGUGGCAGAGAGAGGGCUCUGGAAGUUGCUUGGGGACUGUCAGGAUCUGUGCAGGGAACUGUAGAAUUCGUUGUUUCAUUAUGCUUUGGUGAGCUUCUCACUGGGGCUGCUACUUGAGCAAGUGUCCCCUCCAUGAAGCUGCUUUCCCAGCCACCUCCCUUCUCAGCCUGAGCUCUGCAGCACAUCCAACCCUGGCUGAGGCUAAGGGGAGCAGGGAGUGGAGGUUUCUCCAGACCCUCAGCUCACCAAGAGUUGGUGUUCUGGUGUCCCAGCUGUGCUGCAAAGGGCCAGCUCAGCAGGGAGGCACAGAACAGCAGUUGGGCAGCUCCAGUACCUGCUCCAUGCCCAGCUGUGUGCCCAGCUCUGCCUUUGGCACUCAUUCUGACUGCAUUGGUGCCAGCUGCUGCACAGACACAUACCCCAGACCUAACAGGGAGCCUUCCAGAAGGUAAAAACCAGCAACAGUUCUCAUAAUGGUCCCAUCAGGUUCUGCCCUCCUUCUCCCUUGCAGGCCAGGAGAACUUUGUACUUUGUCUUGAAGAAGCAGCUGACAAUUCUGAACUCAAUUCUUACUUAACUGACUUCCUCCAGGACCCAAACCAAUUUAAACCUUGAUUUAAGCUGGAAGGUGUAAAUGCUACCCUCUGGGAGUACUUCAAACAUCCCAGCUGGGAGUGAAUUCACACUCAUAGUGCCAUUGUGUGGUGUUAGAGAUGAUAACCUUUAAGUCAGGCUCAGUCCCAUCCCAGUCCCAAACUCUCUCCGUAUUGAUCUGCCAGUGCCAACUCCCCGACCUCACCCUAAAGCCCUUCCUCAGACUGUUAUUUGGCGUCUCUCACAUGAGCCUUUACUGCCACCAAGCGAUGAAGAAUCAACUCUUCAGCUCCUUCCACCACCCAGAGGACUCAGCAAAAGGUCUCAGCUUCUCAUUUCUGCUGGCUCUUGUGUACAGCUUUUGUUUCAUUCCUGUUAAUAAAGUUUUUUAAUUAUC